UCUGACAACAUGAAGCUGGUGGUUCUGUUCCUCGCUGCAGUGUGCUGCUGCUGCUGCUCUCUGGGCUCCGCAGGGGAGAAGGAGGACCAGAAGUAUAAAUUACAAGAGGUCCGGAGCCAGCUGGGGCAAGUGAAAAAGCUGGAGCAAGUGAAAAAGAUGAUGCAGAACGAGACGAUGCUGAACUCUCCACCUCACGAUGUCGAGGACUGCUGCUACCUGUCGGCCCUCCAGUGCUUCCAUGACAACCUGGAGGUCCACUUCAAUGGCACCAGAGGAAUACAAAGAAAACCCCUGAGGAGCCUGAGGAGGAGCCUGAAAAACCCCUUGACUAAAAAAGCUGUGGAACACUGUCCCCCAGAAAAAAAAACGACGACUACCUGCCACGAGUGCAACUCACAACCUAAAGUGAACGUCACGGUAUUCUUAGACAGGCUGGAGUCUCUAAUUCAACAGGCCUUAACCAGACUGGAGUCUAAAUGAGAAACAGAAGAACGACGCCGACCCACACUACGCUGAC